CCUAGUGUCUCCAGCGCUGCGCCCGCGCCCCGCGCCCCUCCAGCGACUAUGGCAGAGGAGCAGCAAGCAGAGCCGCCGCCGCCGCAGCCGCUGCCCGGCCCCGGGGGGGCACUGCCAGCCCUGGUGCCCGGGCUGCAGGGGGCAGAGGCCAGCGCCCUGCAACACAAAAUCAAGAACUCCAUCUGCAAAACUGUACAAUCUAAAGUGGACUGCAUCUUGCAAGAAGUUGAGAAGUUUACAGACCUAGAGAAACUCUACCUCUAUCUUCAACUGCCUUCGGGUCCCAGCAAUGGAGAGAAAAGUAGUGAUCAGAUCUCAAUGUCAUCAAGCCGUGCACAGCAAAUGCAUGCUUUUUCUUGGAUUCGGAAUACCUUGGAGGAGCACCCAGAGACAUCUCUUCCCAAACAGGAGGUUUAUGAUGAGUACAAGAGCUAUUGUGACAAUCUUGGUUACCAUCCAUUAAGCGCUGCUGACUUUGGAAAGAUCAUGAAAAAUGUUUUUCCAAAUAUGAAAGCCCGCCGUCUGGGCACAAGAGGCAAAUCAAAAUAUUGCUACAGUGGACUGAGGAAGAAAGCUUUUGUGCAUAUGCCAACACUGCCCAACCUUGAUUUUCAUAAAACUGCAGAUGGGUUGGAUGGGGCAGAGUCAUCAGGGCAGCUUCAAAGUGCUGAUGAGGAAGUCGUGUCUGCUGCAUGCCGGCUUGUAUGCGAAUGGGCCCAGAAAAUGCUCAGCCAGCCCUUUGAUUCCGUUUUGGAUUUAGCUCGUUUCCUUGUAAGAAGUCAUUAUAUCGGUACCAAAUCAAUGGCAGCUUUAACAGUAAUGGCAGGGGCACCCGCAGGAAUAAAAGGGAUUUCCCAGCCCUCUGCUUUUAUACCCACUGCUGAAAGCAAUUCUUUUCAGCCUCAAGUGAAAACUUUGUCAUCUCCUGUCGAUGCCAAGCAGCAGCUACAGCGUAAGAUCCAAAAGAAGCAACAGGAACAGAAACUUCAGUCUCCCUUGCCAGGAGAGUCUCCAGCUAAGAAAACGGAAGGCGCUACAACAAAUGGAGUAGCUAGUAUUUCUAAUGGAAGCCCUGCCAUCUUGUCUCCUCAACCUAUUGGUAUCGUAGUGGCAGCUGUCCCCAGUCCCAUACCGGUACCGAGGACCAGACAGUUGGUAACAUCUCCCAGUCCCAUGGCCUCAUCUGAUAGUAAGGUUCUUCCGCUCAACGUUCAGGUGGUCACUCAGCACAUGCAGUCAGUCAAGCAGUCACCAAAGACUCCUCAGAAUGUUCCAGCCAGUCCAGUUGGUGACCGUUCUGCUCGGCCUCGUUACCCACAGAUCCUACCUAAGCCAGCAAACACCAGUGCUCUCACCAUCCGUUCCCCCACUACGGUGCUCUUCACCAGUAGCCCAAUUAAGACUGUUGUGCCAGCUCCACACGUGAAUUCCUUAAAUGUGGUAAAAAUGACAGCAAUAUCUCUUGCCCCUAGCAGCAGUAGUGUACCUGUCAAACAGACAACUUCAAUGAACAGCAGUACAGGAGCAACAGAAGAGUCGAGGACUGUACCACAAAUUAAAAAUGGAUCUGUCGUUUCACUUCAGUCUCCAGGAUCUAAGACUGGCAGUGUUGUAGCAACAUCUGCAGUUGAGAUCAAAAUGGAACCAGAAGCAUUACUGGAUGAGAACCAAACACAGUGCCAAGAGAAUUCUGACAUGUCUAAGCCUUUAAAGGGAGCCUCUGGACUGCCUGCUGCUCAGAGGAGUAAUUUUGAGGAUUCAAACCUGAAAGCUUCACCGGAGGGCAUCAGUGAAGUGAAAACAGUUAAGGGCUGUGAUCAGGGAGCUGAAGAAGCAAGGACCAAAUAUAAAACCCAACCUAGCGAAAUCACACCAGUUUCUUCAGCAGGCAAUAAUCAAAGCACUCUCAACCUCUCAGUUGCCAGUCAAAAUUUCUCCAGCACCAGCAUCAGUUCGCCUCCUAGUGGUGACUCUGCUAUUAAAGACAAAGCAUGCACUAAAAGUCCAAGGAAGCGACCGUCUUCCACACUUCAGGAUUCCCAGGUGCCACCUGCAAAGAAGCCACUGGUGGGGCAGCUUUCAGUUGGUAACAACAUGGAAAUUCAAAAAGUGAUCAGUGUUAAGAAGGUUCAGAAGGUUGCAUCGCUUGCUAAAAAUGACAGUACUGCUGCACUUCCUCAAGUUCCUGGCAAAGUAACUAUAAAAGUAAAUUCUGCAACAUCAACACAGUUAGCGACAAACUGUCCAUUAGGUUCUAAUGUAAAUACUGGUGAUGCUGCUUUAGGACAGCAGCUCACAGCAUCAUCUCCAGAUGUAAAAGUAAAAUUGGAAGGGAACUUGUUUAUCUUAGAAAAUGAUUCAAAAUCUGAUGGCAGCUUUAAUCCAAAUGCCUGGCAGCAUAUCACUAAAACCUCGGACUUCACAUCUGUGAACUGUGAACAGCAGCAGGAUAUCAGUGUUAUGACUAUUGCAGGACACUCUGGCUCUAGUGAUUUACAGGAAUCUGUGUGGGAACCAGUGCACUGUGAAGGCGUACAGCAGGAAGCAUACAGCCAACAGUUACAGAGUCAGAUCCAGGAAUCUCCUUUGGAUCAAAUUCAAGGACAGUCUUCAAAUCAGUUACCUUUGCAGUCUGAGCUAAAAGAGUUUGAACACACAGUCCCCCAAUCAAAUGAGAACUUCUUUUCAUUUGAUGAAGACCUCACACAGGACAGCAUUGUAGAGGAACUGGUGCUCAUGGAGGAGCAAAUGUCUAUGAAUUCUCAUCCUUAUGGGGGUUGUCUAGCAAUGGCACUUCAGAGCCAGGCAGCAGCUUCAGGAGCUCCUGUGUCAUCUCAUCCAAGCAGUGCUCACUUCUACCAUUCAGUCCAUAACAGUGGCACUCCAAUUCACACUCCCACUCCCACUCCUACACCCACUCCAACCCCCACCCCGACUCCAACCCCCACAUCAGAAAUGAUGGCUGGGUCUCAGAAUGUGUCACGAGAGAGUCCAUGUUCGAGACUGGCUCAAACUACUCCUGUAGACAGUGCUCUAGGAAGCAGCCGGCACACACCCAUUGGAACGCCUCAUUCUAACUGCAGCAGCAGUGUCCCUCCUAGUCCUGUGGAAUGCAGAAAUCCAUUUGCAUUUACUCCAAUAAGCUCUAGUAUGGCAUACCAUGAUGCCAGCAUUGUCUCCAGUAGUCCUGUGAAACCAAUGCAGCGACCUAUGGCUACCCACCCUGAUAAAACCAAACUUGAGUGGAUGAACAAUGGGUACAGUGGAGUUGGUAAUUCAUCCGUUUCAAGCCACGGCAUUCUUCCAAGCUAUCAGGAGUUAGUGGAAGAUCGUUUCAGGAAACCUCAUGCUUUUGCAGUUCCUGGCCAGUCAUAUCAGUCUCAGUCCCGGCACCAUGAUACUCACUUUGGCCGUGUGACUCCUGUUUCACCUGUGCAGCAUCAGGGAGUCUCUGUAAAUAGCACCACCAAACAAGAAGGCUUUGCUGUUCCUGCCCCACUUGACAACAAGGGGACAAAUUCCUCUCUUGGAAAUAGUUUCAGAUGCCGGAGUGUGAGCCCUGCUGUCCAUCGCCAACGUAAUCUUAGCGGAAGCACCAUCUAUUCUGUUUCUAACAUACCACGCUCUAACUUGACCCCUUUUGGAAGUCCAGUGACACCAGAAGUUCACAAUGUGUUCACAAAUAUCCAUGCAGACACCAGUGCCAAUAAUAUAGCUCAGAGAAGCCAGUCUGUUCCGUUGACUGUCAUGAUGCAGACAGCCUUUCCGUCUCUUCAGAAACAAACAAACACUAAAAAAAUAACGAACGUGUUGUUAAACAAACUUGACUCUGAUAGCGAUGAUGCAGUGAGAGGUUUGGGAAUGAACAACAUGCCCUCAAAUUAUACAGCGAGGAUGAAUCUCACUCAAAUUUUAGAAACAAACACUUUUCCUAGUGCCAGCUCACAAAAUAUGAUCAAUUCCAGCACUUCAGUUUAUGAAUUCCAAACACCAACUUACCUCACAAAAAACAGCAGCACCGAUCAGAUCAGUUUUUCUUCUGGAGACAACCAAGCACAAUCAGAAAUUGGAGAGCAGCAAUUAGAUUUCAGCAGCACUGUAAAAGACCUUUUAGGGGAGGACAACCUGCAAACCAACCAGCAGCUGGUGAAUCAGGUGGCAUCUGAUCUCAAUAAUGUUGCAUCUGUCUUUUCCAACGACAUCAGGUUGUCUUCCGACCUCUCAGGCAGCAUUAAUGAUCUGAACACUUUAGACACAAAUCUACUGUUUGAUCCAGGUCGUCAGCAGGGACAAGACGAUGAUGCUACACUGGAGGAAUUAAAGAACGACCCAUUGUUUCAACAAAUCUGUAAUGAAUCCAUUAACUCAAUGACUACAUCAGGUUUUGAGUGGAUGGAGAGUAAAGAUCAUUCUGCCGUUGAAAUGUUGGGUUAAUUUUGUUUUAUAAUAUGUAUGUAGCACACUGUAUGUAAAAGACAGAUGUAUUUGUCUUAAUGGAAGUGCCUCCCGCAGCAGAAACACUUGCUAUGUAUUGUGGCAUUUUUUAAAAGUUUGCUGUACCAGUCGUUCAUUCUUCAGCAGGGAAUAGGCAAGUCUUAUCAAUUUUAAACAAAUUUCUGAAGAUAAUGGGCUAUUGAAGAGCCAGUAUUAGAAUUUAAAUUUUAUAGCAUUCCCACUUAAUAGCAUUUCUUAUUCUACCAAAAUAAAGUGGCUGAGAACCAGCAUUCAUAACUGGAGUAGAGAUGUUGAGAGGGUUUUAAAUCUAGCUUGGUACUAGGCAUUCAGUACUUUGUAUUGCCUUCUACUUUUAAGUAGAUACUUGUCAGUCUUUGUUAUCCAUGUCUGAAAUGUAUGGUGCCUGCAGACAAGUAGGUGUUGAUUAAGCAGGUGGGGGUUCAUCAUGAUGAGUGGCAUGUAAGGGGUGAUGUAUCAUUGUACAGCACCUCUGGAUGCUGCUCAGUGGUGAACCAUGAGAGACCUCUGUGGCACUGCCAGAACUAUUUACACCAUGGGUGGGCAAUUAUUUGGGCUGGAGGGCCACUUAGGGAGUUUUGGUGAGCUGUUGGUUGCAGGGGGAUAAUUGAUCCAAUGCACCCCGCACCCACUGCCAGGGCUGGACAAAGCAGGUAAGUGGGGUCUCCGUGGAGACUGACCUGGAACAUGCACAGACAGGGCGUGAUCAGCCAGACAGAUGGGAUGGGGACAUAGGCAGGUAGGGAGCGGUGUCUGGGAGUGAGACAGCAGGGGCUGGGGCCGGGAUUGCAAGUGGUAACAGCAUGGGACCAGGGCCCGGGACAGAGCUGCAAUCUGCUCCCUGCAUGCCCCUGCUCAUGGAAACAGCACCUGUUGCAGGGAUGGAUGGGGAGCAGAUCAUGGCUCUGCACCGUGAUCCCAGCCCCACCCACCUAUCCCACUCCCAGACACUGCUCCCUGCCCCUGGACCUAUCCUGUCCACCUAGCCACGUACACCCUGCCUGUGCAGGUUCUGAGCCAGUCUCCGUAGAGACCCCGCUUCAUAUGGUGCCCCUGACAGUGGGGGCAGGCUGGACGGGUCGGAGUGCCCAGGCAGUGAGGCCAGGUCCAGCAGUGGCAGCAACACUAGCAGCAGCUGGAAGGGAUUCCUUUGGGGCUGCUGGGAAGCUGAGUCCAGCUGUGGUGCCGCCCCAGCCCCACUGCAUGCCUGGGGUUGGCAGGACCAGCGCAGGCAGUAUGGCCCGGGAUGCCCUCUGCACCUGGGCCAGGUAAAACCCUUGGUGGUCUAGAUCUGGCCUUGGGCUGUAUUUUGCCAAUCCCUGGUUGACACCUGUAUGGAAGGGCUGAUAGGAGAAACUAUCAUGAAAUGAUCAAGGAAAGAGAAAAAUGCACUAAAAUUUUAUUUAAAAGAAAACAAAAUCUAUUUAGGAUUUUUAGACAUAAAUAUUCAUGACCUCACAUUAAUGAUUUAGUUUUUACUUUAAAUGUUAGUUUUGAUACAAGGGAAAAAAAUGCAUGAAAAAAUUAUUCUGAGCACUGAGGCUUAAUAAACCCAGAGAUACCAUGCAUUAUAAAAUGUUAGUUACUGUUUUAUUAUUUAUCAGUUAGAAAAAGGGACAUUAUACUUGGCUUCCUUUUAAUUAAGAAUGGCUGCAUGAAAUCAUAAAAAAUACUACUGUUUUUUAGGAUUUGUUUUUAAACCCCUUCUGUUCUGACCUGCUGGGGGGCUUCCUGUGUCUCCUGAAAACAAAGAUGAUAAAAAUAUUACCUAAUUUGGUUGAGAAUGGUUAGAAAUACUUUGCGUAGAGCCAUAACAUUCCUAGGCACUUUACAAAUGCAAAGGACCUGGAGUAAAAUUUUUUAGUGUGUUUAAGUAAUUUAGGAGCCUAAGGGCAUGGACAAAUUAUCAAAAGGCAACAAUUUAAAAGGGAGUGGAGACUUACCAUUGUACACUCUUACACAUUUUAACUCACCUUUAAUUUGAUAAUUUAUCCAUACCUUAAGUUUCAUGUUCAAAGUGAUUUAGGUGCUACCCAGACAAAGUCUCAUUGCAAGUCAAUACUGUACUUUCCAAGUCUCUUGAAAAUGGGAUUUAUACUCACAAGUCACUAAACCACUUUUGAAAAUGUUAUUCCUAGUCUUUAAAAAGAAUAAUGUGAGGGUUAUAAACCUCUCUAAUGGUGAACAGAGAAGGGUACUUAACCAUCCAUGGCUCUGAUGCAACAAAGGAGACCUGUACCGUCAAACUCUUGGCCAAGAAGAAGCCUGCUUGGACUUCUGGGCAAGCAAAUCCCUUUGUUGUCUUGUCUCCUAACCAUUGUACAGGGUUUGUACUAUCCGAUGUAAAUUGACAUCACUUAAUCUUAAAACAAAGUAGGGAGCAUUUCCCUGACUUGCAUUAGGUGACUUAGAAGUAGGGGUGUGCGAAAUGGGCCAUAUUCAAUUCAGAUUCGGCCCGAAUCUGAGACAGUGAUUCAAUUCAUUGAUUCAGAUCACCAUCCCUAUUCAAUUCAGCUGAAUUUGACUCUGAAG